GUUCCUCCUUCUGUGGCAUGGCGCACCACUGCAUGAUGGCGAUUGCUUGAUCCCUGCGCUCCAAGAGCGCGGCGAUGCAGCGCGGUGGGCUGCACAUCUUCCUCUGAGUGGGAAUUCCUCUUCACUUGGAUCUCUCUACCGGCAUUUUAGAUCCGAGGGUGGGUAGCAGCAUGGAUUCGCCCAAGCGCGGCAGCAAUCAGCACCAACAGCGCAAGCUCCCGCUCCUCCCGCUCGUCUUCCUGAUUUUCUAUGAGGUCUCCGGCGGCCCCUUCGGCGUGGAGGACGCGGUGGGCGCGGGCGGGGCGCUGCUCACGCUGCUGGGAUUCAUCGUCAUGCCCUUUCUAUGGAGCAUCCCCGAGGCCGUGAUCACCGCGGAGCUCGCCACGGCCUUUCCCGACAACGGCGGCUACGUGCUGUGGAUCCAGGCGGCCUUCGGUCCCUUCUGGGGAUUCCAGGAGGGAUGGUGGAAGUGGCUGUCGGGAGUGAUCGACAACGCGCUCUAUCCGGUGAUGUUCCUCGACUACCUCAAGUGGGCGAUCCCCAGCGUCGGCGGCGGCGUCGUGCGUUUGGUCUCGCUGCUGGCCAUCACCGCCGCGCUCACCAUCGUCAACUAUCGCGGCCUCACGAUCGUGGGCUACACCGCGGUGGCGCUGGGGAUCUUCUCGCUGCUACCGUUCGUGGUGCUCUUCUUCCUCGCGAUCCCAUCGCUGGAGCCAUCGCGCUGGCUGGAGGUGGAUCUCCGCAACACCAACUGGACGCUCUACCUCAACACGCUCUUCUGGAAUCUAAACUACUGGGACUCGGUGAGUACGCUGGUGGGCGAGGUGGAUCGGCCGCACGAGACGGUGCCGCGGGCGCUAGCGGCGGCGCUGGUCCUGGUGGUGGCGUCGUAUCUCCUGCCGCUCCUCGCGGGCACCGGGGCGGCGCCGCCGGGCGACCGCAAGCUCUGGGCCGACGGCUACUUCGCGCACAUCGCGCUCAAGAUCGGCGGCGGCUGGCUCAAGUGGUGGGUGGAGCUGGCGGCGCUGCUGUCCAACGCCGGGAUGUUCGAGGCGGAGAUGAGUAGCGACUCUUUCCAGCUGCUCGGGAUGGCGGAGAGGGGCAUCUUGCCCGCGGCAUUUGCGCGGAGGUCGAGGUAUGGGACGCCGGUGCUGGGGAUCUUGUUCUCGGCCACCGGGGUCAUCCUCCUGUCGUGGCUGAACUUCCAGGAGAUCAUCGAGAUCCUAAACUUCCUCUACUGCUGCGGGAUGCUGCUCGAGUUUGCGGCGUUCGUGUGGCUGCGGAUCAAGCAGCCGAAUCUCGUCCGGCCUUACAAAGUUCCGCUGGGGACGAUCGGGGUGACGGUGAUGUGCCUGGUGCCGUCGGUGCUGCUGGUGGUGGUGAUGUGCAUCGCGUCGGCCAAGACGGUGGUGCUCAGCGUGGUGUUCUCGCUGGUGGGAUUUGCGGUGUACCCGGCGAUCCAGCUCGCCAAAAAAAAAAGCUGGCUAAGUUUCAUUGAUGCGCCGGAUCCCAUCGCGCUCAACAAGGAGAAGAUCCCGGCGCUGGCGGAGGAGCGCAUUGUGCACGCGCGGGAAGCUGGGGAUGAACAGACCCAGCUCUUGUGCUCAUAGAAGUUUUUUAAAUCCUACUUCGCAAACAAUCAACUAACCAAAUGAUGAUAAAGGAUAAAAUGCUCCACAAAUACUUUCAACCCAUUGGAAUGGCCAUUGGUCAAAUGCGGCCAAGAAUUAAGACUUAAUACAAAUGCAAUGCUUUUGUGGC